UGCCUUAUAAGUCGCUGAUUGACGGCGGGUUUCAACACGCCCUCUCACCCGUUGCAUAUUGUAGUCAGCAGAUGUCUCCCAUUCCCCUAGCAUUAGCUUAGCAACAAGCUCUUAGUAGGUCUCCCAGGUCUCACAGUAGAUCUCAGGUCCUCCUGCCUUUACCCGCCGGUCGUUUUUCCACGACCUGAGAUCCCUCCCGCUGCCACCAUACCGCACGGGGCUGCCAAGGCUGCGGCAGCUCGGGCCCCCAUAUAAGCUGGCCCAGCUCGGCAGAGGGCAUACUUCUGGUGCUCGGCAGCAGUGCACAGAGCUCAACAUGAACGCCAAGCUGGUGUUGGUCGUGCUGGCCGCCCUGGUGGCGCUCGCUACGGCUUCCGGGCCGUACCCGCGCUACGGCUACCGGCACUACGGCUACGGCCACCCUGGCUACGGCUACCCGCACGCGCGCUACGGCCGCUCCCUGCGCUACCACGGCUACCCCGGCUACCACGGAUACGGCUAUGGCUACCAUGGUUACGGAUAUCCUGGAUAUCGUGGAUAUGGCUACCAUCACUAAAUGCAACGGCCAAUUGUCUUAUUGGGCCAGAUGCUGGAUCAAACGGAUUUCGAACUGCGCUGCUGUCUUGUCUUGUCUUUGUCGAAUACAUAUUUCAGCAGAAAG